UGGUAGAAAUUAGGGAGUUUAGCGAAGCUAAACAUACCUAAUUCCCUAUUUCUCAACUGCAGUCAAACGUUGAGAUCACGUCGCCUAGGGCAGCACGCAAUAUUUUCUCAUCCACAAAGAUUAUAUAUACACAUUGUGUAUCAUCCGGCCAUGGCAGUAGGGGAAGGAAUUGUGAGCUUCCUGGAAGAUAGCAGUAUGGUCAGCGCGUUUCUAAGGACGGUGCUGCUGUACGGACUGCUUAGCUCUAUUCUGCGCUAUCUUUUUCCUAAGAAAUUUAAGGGUUUCUUCGGCGGGAAGGCCAUGGAGGUUGUGGCUAAAAGCGGCGAGGGUUUGAAGGAGGAAAGCAGCGCUGCUAAUUUAGCGGUAGGGAGAGACGAGCUACGGAGGGUUUUCUCGACCUUCGAUAAAAAUGGCGACGGCCUCAUAAGCCAGCAGGAAAUGACGGAGUCACUGGAGAAGCUAGGGCUCAAGAUCGGAGAAGAGGAGGUUUUGUCCGCCAUUAAAAAGGUGGAUGCUAACGGCGACGGAAACGUAGAUUUUGAGGAAUUUGUGAUGUUUUAUGCGGACAUUAGCAAAGUAGGAGAGGGGGCUACUAAUUUGGAGGAAGAUCCAGAACUUGCAGAUGCUUUUGCUGUUUUUGAUGGAAAUGGCGACGGUCUCAUAACUGCAGAGGAGUUGCAGUCUGUUAUGUGUUCGCUUGGGUUGAAGGAAGGACGGACGGCUGGAGAUUGUCGGAAUAUGAUUCGCCAGGUUGACAUGGACGGCGAUGGGAUGGUUAACUAUGCAGAGUUUAAGGAGAUGAUGAAGAGUGCUUUUGCUAAGAAAACAUGAUUCAGAUAGUCUUCUUCUGGUGGAGAACUUUAAAAUUUAGGUGGAAUGCCUAUUUUUUUUGAGUUUAUUCCGCCUGUAAAAUAUGACUGUAGUCUGUAAGGGGGAGGUAAAGGUCUUGGGGUCGAAUCUUGUGGUGGGGUGUGAUAUUACUGAUUUGGUUUUAGACUUAGGUUUGGUUUUUUCUUUUUUAUUUUCUAUUUUUCUUUUUUUAUUGUUGUUGGUUCUUCUUCUGCAGAUGUACAAAUGCUCUGCUCUGUAAAUUGAAUUGACUUUAGUUUUUGGCAUUCUGAAGGUUGUUGGGUUAACCUUAGUUUGGUAUUUCGGAAAGUUGUUGGCUUAAUUUGUUAUAACUGUAACUGGUGCUAUCAAAUGAAUGAAUUGAAAUUUAGAAUUUUUCAGGAUA